CUCCGUCCGGGGCCGCAGAGCCGCGAUGCUGCCCGCCCGAGGAGCCGCGGCCCCGCGGGGUAUUUUGGAGCGUCUGGCCCAUGGGGAGGUGGUGAUUGGGGACGGCAGCUUCCUCAUAACCCUGGAGAAGAGGGGCUACGUGAAGGCGGGGCUCUGGACUCCAGAAGCCGUGGUGGAGCACCCAGAGGCAGUUCGUCAGCUUCACAUGGAAUUCUUGAGGGCGGGGUCCAACGUCAUGCAGACGUUCACCUUUUCUGCCAGUGAGGACAACAUGGAAAGCAAGUGGGAAGAGGUAAAUGCUGCCGCUUGUGACCUGGCCAGGGAAGUGGCUGGCAAAGGUGAUGCUUUGGUAGCAGGGGGAGUCUGCCAGUCAUCGAUGUACAAGUACCACAAGGAUGAAGCUCGAAUUAAAAAACUUUUCCGACUACAACUGGAGGUUUUUGCCAGAAAAAAUGUGGACUUCCUGAUUGCAGAGUAUUUUGAGCAUGUGGAAGAAGCUGUGUGGGCUGUGGAAGUCUUAAAAGAGCUGGGCAAGCCGGUGGCAGUGACCAUGUGCAUCGGCCCCCAGGGAGACAUGCAUGGGGUGACACCCGGGGCGUGUGCCGUGGAGCUGGCGAAGGCAGGGGCUGACAUCGUUGGUGUGAACUGCAGAUUUGGGCCUGAAACCAGCUUGCAGACGCUACGCCUCAUGAAGCAGGGCCUGGGGGCUGCGGGACUGAGCCCCCACCUGAUGGCACAGCCCCUGGGCUUCCACACCCCUGACUGUGGCAGAGGGGGUUUCGUGGACCUCCCUGAAUAUCCCUUUGGACUGGAGCCCAGAGUUGCCACCCGAUGGGAUAUUCAGAAAUAUGCCAGAGAGGCCUACAACCUGGGGGUCCGGUACAUCGGCGGGUGCUGUGGGUUCGAGCCCUACCACAUCAGGGCGAUUGCGGAGGAGCUGGCCCCGGAAAGGGGAUUUUUGCCACCUGCUUCGGAAAAGCACGGAAGCUGGGGAAGUGGCUUGGACAUGCAUACCAAGCCCUGGAUUAGAGCGAGGGCUAGAAGGGAACAUUGGGAGAAUCUGCUGCCGGCUUCAGGCAGACCCUUCUGUCCUUCACUGUCGAAGCCAGACAUCUAAGGAGCAUCGGAAGAAUACACUGGAACACAGCUUCAGGGUCCCGGAGCAUAUGAGGAGCUGGUCCUUGCCUUCAACCCCAGGCGCUGCAGCCCCAGCUCCCGCAGGCCCGCCCAAGUGCUCACGUCACCACUGCUGCACUACGCCCUGCACUGACUUGUGCGAGGCUUCAAGGCAGCCUGAAGAAAGGACACAAACAUGAUUUGAACAGCCAUGGGUCACAGACAUCAGGGCACAUCCUGCCAAAGCGAAUGUGUUCCAAAAUCACUCUUCCUUUAAGGGACCAUUAGAUCCCAGAGAUUUGUAACGUGUGUCCUUCUAAUCACAGAUAACUAAAUUUUAACCAUCUAAGGGUGAAGGCCAUACCCUAUGCUGCUCUGUCUCUCCUUGUCUGCUAUUGUGUUGGACAUAAUCACAGAUGCUCGCUGACACACAUAGGUUGAUUAUGUGAAAUAAAUAAACAUAAGUAGAGUUUUAGCAGAUCUUUCUAAAGAGUCACCAUUCAAAUGCAUCUUGGUCUUUGACUGAAAUUUGUGUUAAUUGCCAUGUACCCAUUUCUCUUUUGUUCACAGCACUAGAUCAGCUUGUGACCAUUAAUAAAAUUUUUUAAAAUCACCUUA